GUCGCGACAAAAAUUUUCAUCGAUGAGAAUUUCCCUCGACUCGAUAUCGCGAUCAAUCGGCAGUUUCGUAACGUGUGCGGAAACAUACGAGUCUUCGUUUUUACUCCCUUUUCGCGCGUUCCUUUCCGCGCGAUAAGUGAAAGGUUUUCUCUCGCGGUUAUCGGGGUUGGUUCGAUGUCGCUCACCGCGGAAGUGGCUUCGUCGACACGUUUUGUUGUUCCUGGUGACUGUUGAAUGCCGGUUGUUCGGUCUAUUGCGAGUCCAUUCCGCUCAGCUAACAUGGGAGAAACUGAUCUCAUUUUUCGCGAUGUACGACCGAAGUCACUUAAGUCGCGUGCGAGCUGACGCGUCGCAUCGCUAGAAAGACAGUGUAAUCGAAGAAACAUCGUCGAAGGAGAACGAAUUUUAAAAUAAUGCGCGUUAGCGCUCGAGAGAGGAAGAAUCGUUGAAAACUGUAACUGAGAGACAUGACGGCGGGCGGUGCGGAGUGCGUUGGCACUGUUUGCGCUCGUUAAUCAGCUCAAUUGAAUAACGUAUUAAUACCUCGGGGUCAUCGCGAGGGCUAAUCGCAAUGUCCACGCCGGACACGAUGGACACCAUCGACGAGGCGGAACAAGCGUGGCAUGAGAUGCUGGAGUGCGAGACGGGAUCGCUUUUGGGCAGAGUAGCGGACCUCGAAAGGCAAUCCUUGGCGCAGAGGGACGAGAUAGUUUGUCUUCGCGCUACACUGGCGGACGCGCUACGGCGUAUCGCCCAACUCGAAGGAAGGGAUAAGCGGGAGGACGAGAGGAACGAGAGGAGGAGCGAGAGAUUGGUGUCCUCGCCCUUAAGAAACGGCCAUGUACCUCUCAGGAGUAGUCAAAACUCAGUGCCACAGAAGGACUUGAGACUGCGCCAGACCGGAGGUCUCAGAAACUCCUCGUCCUCGGGAUCGUCGCAGGACGUGCGCGACGCGACGGCCAGUCCGAGACGUCCUGUCAGCUACAUUCAUCCCUCUCAACUCCCACAGAGGAGAUCCGUCCAUUAUCAGUCAACGGGCUCUCUGCAUUCGGAUAGUCCUAGUAGUAGUAGCGUUUCUCCGGUGCCAUCGCCAAGCCCCAGGGCAACUCCGCUACCUGUCGCCAGAUCGCCCACCGCGAGAUCGAACGGGCCGCCCCAAAGCAGUCUGCGACGAGCGAAGCGAUGGUCGUCCACCGGCGAUUUUACACACUCCCCGCAGAACCAGGGAAGUAAUUCCCAGCUCGUCGGAACCAGAUUGUCCGCGUCCACCAAGUCGCUGUUCAACCUGUUCAAGCCACCGGUGAUGAACAACGUCAAGCACGGUACCAGAGAUAUGCAGUACAACGAAGAGGAAGGCACCGUCCGCAUGUACCUGCGCGGCCGGCCGGUUCUUCUCUACGUACCGACGCCCAUGCUGGAGUCCUACGAUCUUCACAAGGUUAGCACACCGCCUCAGAGCAAAUUGAAGCUCGACUGGGUCUACGGAUACCGGGGCCGGGACUGCCGUAGUAAUUUACACCUGCUGCCGACCGGCGAGAUAGUGUACUUCGUCGCGGCGGUCGUUGUUCUGUACAACAUGGAGGAGCAUAGCCAGAGGCAUUACCUGGGCCACACGGACGACGUCAAGUGCAUAGCGAUUCAUCCCAACAAAUUGAUUGUCGCAACGGGACAAGUUUGCGGAACGGAUCGUCGAGACGCUAUGCCGCACAUCCGUAUAUGGAAUUCCGUGAGUCUGACGACUCUCAGCGUGAUCGGCAACGGCGAAUUCGACGGCUCGAUUUGCUGCCUGUCGUUUUCCAAGGCCGACGGCGGGAAUUAUUUGUGCGCGAUCGACGAGACGUCGGAUCACAACAUAUCGAUCUGGGACUGGCAGAAGAGCGAUCGCGGCAGCAAAGUGACCGAGACAAAGUGUUCCGUCGACACGGUGGUUUGCGCCGAGUGGCAUCCGCUGGAACGGAACCAGAUCGUCUCCUGCGGGAAAGGACACGUGUCCUUCUGGUCUCUGGACAACGGCGGCAUGUUGUACAAGCGUAUGGGCAUCUUCGAGAGCAGAGACAAGCCCAGGUACGUCACUUGCGUCGCGUUCAAUCAAAACGGCGACGUUCUCACCGGCGACAGCAACGGCACCGUCAUCGUUUGGGCACGAGGCACUAACACGAUCGCGAGAGUGGUGAGAAAUCUUCACGAGGGUUCGAUUUUCUCCAUAUGCGUUCUCAAGAACGGCAACAUCAUCACCGGAGGCGGCAAAGACGGCAGAAUUGUGUACUUCGACUCGUCGCUGAAUCUAACUGGAUCCGAGGCUCAGAUCGAAGAUCAUUUCGGAGGAAUCAGAACGCUGUCGGAAGGAAGAGGCAGUCAGCUGUUGGUCGGCACCACGAGAAACUGCAUUCUAGUUGGCGACAUGGAGAUGGGUUUCAAUCCGGCCAUGUUGGGCCACGCCGAGGAAGUUUGGGGACUCGCGGCUCAUCCAACUUUGCCUCAAUUCGCGACCGCAGGACACGACAGAUUGUUGCAGAUGUGGGACAGUCUGAGCCACACUGUGGUCUGGAGCAAAGACAUUGGGGAACAAGCGCAGAGCAUUGCGUUUUCACCGGACGGCAGUAUCAUAGUCGUCGGUUGCGUGUCCGGGAAAUGGUUGGCGAUUGAUAGCGAGACGCGAGAAUUGUACACGCAUCACAGCGAUGGCUCCGAACCUAUUCAGGUGGUUCAAUUUUCUCCCGACGGUUCUUUGCUCGCACUUGGCUCCAGAGAUAAUUAUAUUUAUAUUUAUCAAGUGAACGAUGAUGCGACCAAGUAUAGCCGAGUUGGAAGAUGCAUGGGACAUUCGAGUUUCAUAACUCAUCUGGACUGGUCUGUGGACGGUCAGUACCUGCGCAGCAACAGCGGAGACUACGAGCUGCUCUACUGGAACCCCGGCGUGUGUCGUCAAAUUCCGCAGGCCUCUCUGCUGAGAAACGUCGACUGGGCGACACACACCUGCGUGAUAUCGUUCGAGACGAUAGGCAUCUGGCCGGAGGGCGCGGACGGGACCGACGUGAACAAUUGCACCCGAAGCGGCGACGGCAAACUCCUGUCCACCGGCGACGACUUCGGCAAGGUCAAACUCUUCUCUCAUCCGGCGUGUCAGCCGAAGUCAUUAUAUCAUUCCUACGGCGGUCACUCGAGCCACGUGACGAACGUCUCAUUUCUCCAAGACGAUUCCAGACUGGUGUCGACCGGCGGCGCCGAUACAAGCGUUCUGCAGUGGAUAGUGAAUUAAAAAUCCGAAUUGUCCUGAUUGAACGGAUUCUCACAAGUGCACUUCACAAGAUCGAGCUGAGGAAGGAAAAAGACUAUUGUUUUUUCGCGUUGCGCUUGAACGCUGAAAAAGCGUUGUUUUACCGCACGAUCUACUUAAUUAAAUCGCGACGAGCGUCGCACGGCUGCUAUCCCCGAGAAAAUCAAAUCGAAUGUGUCGAAUUUCUCGAAAAUAUUGAUCGUUUGCUGCGACCGGGCUCCGAUUGCCAGGAUUUCAUUUGUUCGAAUAUUGUCGCACAGAUCCCGUUUUUGUCCAGAAAUAUAUCUCGUUUGUACAGAAAAUUUCAGAUCCAGACGAUUGUCAUUGAUUUCGACUACACGUUGCACAAAGAACGGUAUUGCACGUAUCAACUUAAAUAUAAAAAUUUUCUGUUAUUGUUUUCAUCAAAUGCACAGGCAUUUAUUCGAUAUUUCAGAGUCGGAGUGAGAGGAAUUGGUAUCACACUUGUGUGUGUGUGUGUUUGUGUGUGUACACAAAUUAUUUUGGAUCGUUAUUUUUCAAUACUCUUCAAAGAACUUUUUAUUAGUGUCCACUAAUUACUCUGACAUUGUUGCGUUUUACAUUAAAUCAACUAUAUUUCCACUAUUAAUUAAUUGUGACAAUUCCGGUGAUAUUAUCUUUGAUAACAGAGCGACGCCUUUUUUUAUUUCUUUUUUCAUUGAUAAUUUUUUAAUCGAUCUUCAACGCCAUUUCAUCAUUUUAGUAUCAUUAUCGAAAUUUGUCUCAAGUAUAGUAGUUUCUGUUUUUUUUUGUGAGUAUCCUUUUAUUGCCUUUGUGUUUGCAGGGUAAAAAAAAAAACAAUUUUCUGUACAAACGAGAUCUGGAUCAAUCAAGCAAUCUGCGCAACAGAGUUAAUCUGGAAACAAAAAAAUGAAAUCCCGGCAAACGGGAUUCUACCGUUCGCUGCGUAUGAUCUGACACUUAAUCGCGACGAACACUACGAACGGCUCUCGUUCUUUAAAGAUGACUCCACCUGUUUAAAGGUGCGAUCAACUUUUUGACACGCCUUGAUUUUCUUACAAUUAUUUUUUAUCUACAGAACGCAGAUGUUCGCAGAGUUCGAAUAAGUUUUCGUACGUAAAAAUGCAACUCGUUGCACUCGUGUUUUGUGUGCAUGUGUGCGCAAGCAAAUGGGUGCGCUUUCUUACUCCCAGAAUUACAUGCGAUAGCACAUACACCGAUUCUUUCUUUGCACAGCCUUAAAAAAAAACACAAAAGUUAGCUUGUUGUCCCGUCGAUCAAUUUCUUUGACACAGUUGUCUCAUGGAGCAGCGUGACUUUUUUUCUCAAGACUUCCGGACACAUUCGCUAUCCGGAAUAUCCCGAACUCGGAAGUUUCAACAACGACGUCUCAUAACGACGACGUUUUGUUUUUCUUUUUCGUUUUGUUUCUUGAUACACUGAAAAUUGUGCUGUCUGAUUUUUAUAUAAAAAAAAAAAGGUUUUCUUUUGUUUCGACAUUUGACAAUCGUGCGAGAAAGUCAAAUGAGUGACAGAAAAAAAAAAAAUGUCGGUCUUAUUUUCCGUUUACAAAAAGCUCCACGAUUGAUCUUUAAACGUUGUUUUUUUAUUUUGAAAAUAAUACGUAAAUAUGACGAAUGUAAAUGUGUGUCUUCUGUUUCGGCGAAAGUACGCAUGCACGCGUGUGCGAAGUCGUGUGUUUAAUUACUCAAGUGAUUUAAUUAAUUUGGAUUUUUCGAAAUGCGAAGUUUUCUCUAAUCACGUGUUUCGAAACAAUGUUUUUUUUUUCUGAAUUAUCUAUAUGAUUAUAAUUUACAUAUGUAAAAUUAUAAUUACAUAUGAAUUACGUACAUCCUAAUUGGAGAUAUAGAAUUUAUUUACAAGUGCUUCUGGCUGCGGGAAGUCUUGGUACUUCGUUUAGUCUUUGACAAGUUAUUUUUCUUUCGCGCUUUAUAGAAGAAGCUCUUUUCACGAUAAAGCGAAAAAUAUUAAACGGCAUUGAAGAUUAAUCGAAAAAUGUCAAUCAAGAAAUGAAAAAAGAAGUCGCUAUUGUGUCAGAGAGAUAAUAUUACUGGAAUUAUCGCAAUUAACGGUGGAAAUGUUGUUGAUUUCCAAUCUAAAACGUAACAAUGCAACAGCGUUGCUGAUCGAUUGAUAAUCGAAUCUUUGAAAACUAUUGAAAAAUGUGAUUUUUCCUCGAUAAUUUAGGUCCAGUAUUGUACCAAUUCCUCUUUCUUCUUCGCUGAAAUAUUGAAUAAGUGCCUGUGCGUUUGUUUGUAUUAAGAUCGAAUUGAUGAAAAUUGCCUCUCGAAGAAUUUUGUAUUCGUCAAUUCGUGAGAGAAAAAAAUUCACACGACAUUCUUGCACGCGCGCAUACUUGCAAGAGUAUAUACGCGCAAUAUUCUCGCGAAAACAUCGCGUCAAUUGUGAAACGAAUCCGUACGAGAUACGCUUUAUCGCGUAUCUCGGAAAGAGUUCUCGCUUCUUCGAAGAAUUAUACGUGUGAAAGUAACUCUCGUCGUGAACGAAGGACCAAGGCUAGAAGCACCUUAUCAAGUAACGAGAUAGUUUGUCAAAACGGAUGUUCGCACAUCCGACAGUUUUUUAUUGCGAUUUCUGCACAACUUGUAAUUCUGUGUGUACGUGUGCAUAUAAAUUAAAAACGAGUAACAAUUUAAACUUUUUAUCAAUUAUUUAUUUUAUUCAAAUUUAAAUAUUAAUUAAAAAUUUUAAUUAAAGAUUAAAUUUGUUCAAAAUAAAAUUGUUGAAAGUUAAAUUAGAAUUAGAACGUUUGAUUAAUUUAUGUGCGCACUUCUACUGCGAUUUAUUUAUUUUCAAGUGAGACCAAUCGAUGAGAUAUGUUAACGCGAAAAAAAAAAAAAUGCCCGAUAAACGCGAAAAGAGGUGCCGCGAACGACUCUCACAGUGCCGUAAUAUGCCGUCCAGUAGGAAAGUACGUAGCGUAAUUCGACGACAAGUGUGCUUUCGACAUGACGCAGGAAUCACCGUGACGAAUUGACGGGAAAAUACCUACGAUUGCGAUAGGAAUGCGAUGACGAGGGAAUGCAGCAGAGAAGAUGAGAGAAAUACUUACGUCUCUGCGUUCACGAAAAAUGAAUCGCACAGGAGAGAGGGGAGAGAUGAUUAAGUUCCCGAACACAAAAACUGCGACGCUAUUCAUUUUUCGUCGGUGUACAAUCGGAAGCAGUAACAUUCCAACGUACGAAAGUUGCGAGUUUCAACAUUUCCUUGUCGUUCGAACAAUUAAAUUUUCUUUCGGAGGCAAAUUUAAAAGAUCAUUAUUAUUAUUAUCUCAAUGUCCUUGACCAAUUAACACGUUGACUGCCGUGCAAACUUUCUUCGAUUGCGUCGCGAUUAAUUAACUUCUCUAUUUGUCGCUUUUAUUAUUGUCUAAAAGCAACUUCGGUUCAAAGCUCGGCUUUUUGGUCGCGGUGGACGGGAUGACAGUCUCGACCCGCUAAUAACCGAAGUGUUAAAAAUAGACGCAACUUCACGUAGUAUAUUGAGACAUCGCUGCUUCCGAGUGUAGACUCCGGGGAAGUUGUGUGACGUUUUUCCUUUGCCGUUUCACGUGAACUUCUUCUCCCUUUUGCCCCCCCCCUCCCCUUUUGGCACGAAGUAUUUUACCAAAGUCUAAAACGGAGCAAGGAUCACACUUUAUUUUCACUCAUCAUCGUCAACGUGUAAGAUAUAUAUCGAUAUAUAUUUUAUUUAUGUCACGAUAAGGAAACAAGCGUACAUGUAUGCGUGCGUAAUGUGUAUUUCUGUAUUAUGUACCUUCAAUAGAUAAUAAAUCUCUCGUUCUCAUGGAUAACGUGGAUCAUAGAUCACGUGGAUCUAAUAAUAAAUCA